UGUCACGAUCAUGAUCGAAGAGACUUGGCUCACUUUGUGGAAGAAUUAACGUUGCAAUUCAGUUGUGAUCUUACAGAAGAAUCAACUUUCAUUUUUGAAUACUAUCGUACAAAAAAAAAAAAAACGAUGGGAGAGGCUGUUCUUGCGGCAUUUCUCUCGGUGCUGCUUGAGAAGUUGGCGGAUCGCGAGGUCAUUGAGUACUUCGGACACCUUAAGGGGGUCGACAAAAAGGUGCUGGAGAAAUGGAGAAGAACGUUGACUGCAAUUGACGCGGUGCUGAGUGAUGCGGAGGAGAAGCAACUAACACAAAGAGCAGUGAAACUAUGGCUAGAUGAUCUCAGUGAUUUGGCUUACGAUGUUCAAGACAUAUUGGACAUAUUUGAUACUAAAUUGCUGAAGCGAAGGAUAGAAAGACAACAAGGAAGCACAAGUAAUUCAUGGAUCAGCUACCUCUCUAAACCCAAGUUCAAUUUUAGUGUGAACUCAGAAAUCAAGAAGAUAAGUGAUAAACUAGAAGAGAUAACUACUCUAGAAAAGCAGUUUGGUCUGAAGAAACUUGGAUUGUCUACCAAGCCAUGGAAAAUGCCACAAACUACUUCUCAACUAGAUGGACCUGUGAUCGGAAGGGAUGAAGCAAAAGCACUUAUUGUUGAUAAAUUGCUGUCAAAAGAAGAGCAUAGUACCAGCAUUUUUCAGAAUUAUCAAGUAGUUGCCAUUGUUGGUACGCCUGGAAUAGGAAAGACAACACUCGCAAAACAUAUAUUCAACGAUACUGCAACUGCACAGUUUUACCCUAAGGGAUGGGUGUCUGUGUCUGACGAUUUUGACCUUGUGAGGGUGACAACAGCAAUUCUUGAAUCAGUCACGUCAGCUCAUGUUGAGGAUUUCAAGCAGCUUAAUUCAAUUCAGGAGAAGUUAAGUAAGGAAUUGGCUAGCAAGAAGUUUUUAAUUGUUCUAGAUGAUGUCUGGCAUACAUGUCACUAUGAUCAAUGGACAACACUGCAGUCUGCCUUUCGUGCUGGAGCAGCAGGAAGUAGGAUCAUAGUGACUACACGCGAUGCAAAUGUCGCAAACAUGAUGGGAGACACUAGCCCUUAUAAUUUGGGGUUAAUAUCAAAAGAGGAUUGUUGGAAAAUCUUUAAGCAACAUGCACCCGUAAACGACAGACCCCAAAAUGUUGAGUUACUCAAAGAGCAAAUUGUUGUAAAAUGCAAUGGCUUACCGUUGGCUGCAAGAACUUUUGGUGGUCUUUUACGUUGUAAAAGAGUAGACGAAUGGGAAGAAAUAUUAGACCACAAGAUGUGGAAUCUAUCCGAUCAGAUGGCGGACAUCCUUCCGGCAUUGAAAUUGAGCUAUCAUUAUCUCCCUUCAAAUUUAAAACGGUGUUUCACGUACUGCGCAAUACUUCCAAAUGAUUAUGAAUUUGGAGAGAUGCAAUUGAUCCUGUUGUGGAUGGCAGAGGGUUUGAUUCCGCAGCUACCAGAACAAAAUAAACAAAUAGAAGAGUUGGGCCGGCAGUAUUUUCAAGAGUUGGUGUCUAGGUCAUUAUUUCAGAAGUCAAGCAAACGAAAGUCGCGAUACAUAAUGCAUGACCUCGUUACUGAUUUGGCACGUUGGGCUGCAGGAAAUUCAUGUUCUAGAUUGGAGGAUAUGCAUAAUUAUGACUCUAGAUGUUUGCCCAAGGUUCGUCAUUCGUCUUACAUUCGUGGUCACCAAGAUGGGGUUAAAAAGUUUGAGGUCUAUUAUGAGGCUAUAUGUUUGCGAACAUUCUUACCACUUUCACUUUCAGAUUUCCACGUUGAUUAUCUGGCUCUGAAGGUCACUUCUGAUUUAUUGCCCAAACUCCAAUACUUACGGCUGCUCUCUUUGAAUGGAUAUCAAAUGACCGAGCUGCCAAAUACAAUUGGUAAAUUGAAGCAUCUACGGUAUCUUGAUCUUUCUCACACUCGAAUAAGAAGUUUGCCGGACUCAACAGCCACUCUUUACAACUUGCAGACAUUGAUAUUACAUGGUUGUUAUCAGUUGAAGGCACUACCCACAAGCAUGAGGAAUCUAGUUAAUUUGCGUCAUCUCAUCAAUUCAGAUACAUUUUCAUUGGAAGAAAUGCCUCCUCAGCUUGGUCGAUUGACUAAUCUCCAAACAGUGUCUAAUUUUGUUAUUGGCAAAGGUAGUGGAUUAAGAGUAAGAGAGAUUGGGUCAUUGUUGCAUCUGCAAGGGAAAUUGCACCUCUCAAGACUAGAGAAUGUGGUUUGUGUCGAGGAUGCUAGAAGUGCCAGCUUAAAGAGCAAGGAAAGGCUUGAAGCUCUGUUUCUUUCGUGGUCUUCUUCAAGUGACUCAACAGAAAUUGCAGACCAUGUGCUUGCCAUGUUACAACCUCAUACCAAGCUCAAAGAGCUCACCAUCGAGGGUUAUGACGGAUUGAAAUUUUCAACAUGGAUUGGAGACCCUUCAUUCUUUAAUAUGGUGCGUGUAAGGUUAGAACGUUGUCAUCAUUGUCAAUUCUUGCCACCAUUCGGACAAUUGCCUUAUCUCAAAGAACUUUAUAUACAAGAAAUGGAUGCAGUGGAAAGCGUUGGUCAUGGGUUUUAUGGAGAAGGUAACUUGCCGUUUCAAGCUUUAGAGACCCUUAAGUUUCAGAAUCUGAAAUAUUGGAAGAAGUGGUCUCCUUGCCAACAAAAUGAGGGGGUUGGGGUUUUCUCUGGCCUAGAAAAGCUUUCCAUCAAGGGCUGCCCCAAAUUGGAGGGUAGUUUACCGAAGAAGCUUGAUUCAUUAGCACAGCUGGAGAUAUGUGGAUGUGAGGAACUGGUGAUUUCAAUAUCCAAUUAUAAACAGCUUCAUGAAUCAAACAUAAAAAAUUGCAAGAUGGUGGUUUGCGACACAAGUCCAGCUCUCUUAGACAAGUUGACAUUUUCAAAUAUUUCAGAGUUGAGAUUCCAAACAGAGGCGUUCAUGAAAAGCUUGAAAAAUGUUAAAGAGUUGAAUAUUACUGGUUGUGAGGAGCUGACAUGUUCCUUUCAGCAUGAGGAUAGAUUACUGCAACACUUGAUUUCUCUUGGUAGUUUGUAUAUUGAAGACAACUCUGCACUUGUUGAAAAGCUAGGGAAAGAAGCAGAGCAGUUGGUGCAAUUGCAAAUACUGGAUUGCAAGCUUAAACGUCUAGAAUUGAGCAAGUGUGGAACCUUUUUGAAGGUGCCAGAAGGAUUGCAUCACCUUACAUCUCUUCAAGAGCUUCACAUAAAGGGAUGUUCAAGUCUUGUUUCUUUUCCGGAUGCUGGUCUGCCACCUUGUCUUAAAGUUAUAGAAGUUCAGAACUGCGAUUCUCUUUUGCACUUUGCAAAAUACCAGAUUGCUCCAAGCCUGAGAAGAAUAGGGAUUCGGGAAUGUGAGAAAUUAAAAUCAUUGAUAGAGAAAAAGGAGGUGGUGGUGGACAGCUCUUGUUCGUCUUAUUGUCUCGAGUAUUUGCAGAUAAGGAACUGUCCAUCUCUGUUAUCGUUAUUAUGCAAACCCCAAUUAUCCAGGGCCCUUAAACAGCUUCGCAUAUGGGAUUGUGAACAGCUGGAGUUAAUAACCGAGAGGUUCCUCGAUGACACCUGUCAACUCGAAGAAAUUCAUAUCACAACAUGCCCAAACCUUAAAUCCUUACCUGAGGGACUGUGCCACCUCACCAAUCUUCAGUCAUUAUAUAUUUGGGAAUGUCAAAGUCUGGUUUCGUUGCCGAGGUUGAGUGUGUGGCCAAGAGUGAUGAAUAUCGAAGCUUGCGAGAAGUUGGUGGUGGCACACUUGCUGAGAGACAUGAUGCACUCUAAUAAUCUUGAGGUUUUGACGAUUGAUUACUGUGAAGGUUUGACUACUCCUACCUUUCCCCCCAACCUAACAUCACUUGAAAUUUACAAGAUCAAGAAUUGUAAGGCGCUGAUGGAAUCUCAGGGGUUGCACAUACUCACAUCUUUGAGAGAAUUGACUCUAUGGGGUAAAGAUGAUCUAGGUCUGGUGUGCUUUCCACCUGGUGAGAAUUCGAAGGAGAAGGAGAUGCUGCUCCCCAGAUCUCUUGUUACAUUGAUAAUUCAAGGCUUCCCAAAUCUAAAGAAACUGAGCAAGGACUUUCAAUUCCUCACCUCUCUUGAAACUCUUGAAAUCUGGAACUGUCCGAAGCUUACAACCAUUCCAGAGAAGGGCCUGCCUCUUUCACUUGCGCAACUUGAGAUUAUUGAGUGUCCUCUACUUGAAGAGAGAUGCAAAGGACGAUACAGGCCCAAGAUAGCACACAUCCCUUGUGUACGAAUUAAGAGCUCCUCGAUCUAGUGGUUUCCAGGUCUGCUUAUGCUCAAAACUGUAGAGCACAUCCUUUUCCUCCUCCACAGAAUAUGAUAUUUGGAUUCUCAAUUCCAGCCUUUCCAGUAAGUUUGUGAUACACUGAUUUGUAGCUUUGUAUCUAUGGAAACAAUAUCAGCUCUGUCGAGGUUUGUCAAUGAAACUUAGCUUUCAAAAUGCAAUUCAAUUUGUUAGUUUUGUAUUGUGGAAUGUAGGUUGAUAUUGUGGACUUCAAUGGUAGAUUUUUGGCUCGGUGCAAAUCCCAUGAUAUUAGUCAUUACUAAGGUUCUUAAGCAGCUCAUUAAUACUUAUGUAACGUGACAUUGAUGCAUGCUACUUUCUAAUUGGACUUUCUAAUUUUAGGUUGAUUUACUUGCCAAGGGGACUGAUUUUAAUUGUAUUGGUGAUUGGGUUGUGGAGGCCACCGUAAAGAAGAAGCUUAAGUAAGAUUUGUUUCCUUGGCCAUGCUUUUACUUAUGCAUACAGUAUCAAUCUAAAAGUCUCGUUGAGUGCUUCUUGGCAGUGUUAUGAGUGUUCAUCUGACGAGUUCAAAGUCUUUGGUUGGAGUAGCUGGAGUUGCAUUAGAGAUUCAAAAGAAGAAGAAGGGACGGGACGUGGAUGUUAUGGUGAGCUUCUUGGUGGGAAUUCUGGAAGUUUACUUAGUACUGAGUAUGUAAUUUUAUCAAGUGAAUUUAGCACUUUUCAGAACCUGAGGAGUUUUUUACUUGAUGCCCCUGCAUUUGGAGUGUGUGGUUUUCGUGAAAUGCUAUGAAUUUGAUUGAUUCUCAAAAUAUGACUUCACAUUUUAGAUAUUAACCUGUUGAUUGUAUGGUUAAAAGCUUUUGAAUCAGCACAUACUUCUCCAAGGGUAUUU